GACCAACUGACAGGCACACAGAGUGCUCUUUCAAACCUCUUCACCAUAUUCUGUAUUACUACCUAGACAGGCUGACAGUUUCUUAGUUCAGGGAGUUUGUUUUUAUUUUUAUAUAGCCAAGUGGUUGAUUGUUGGUGGUUUUCCUUCUUAUUGUGACUUCUGUCUUCCUCUCAUUCACUUGGAUCUUCCGUGUUUUCUAAACUUGGAUUAUUCUCUUUGUUUUUCCUGCUCAUCCCCAUUUUCUCUGAGCAUUCCAUCCUCUAACUUUUACACUUUUUCCCUUACCAUCUCCCCAUCGUUCCAUCACUCCUGGUUGAUCUUGGGCUAUGCACCAUGCUCUCUUCUCCUACUGUGAUUCUUCAACCUUACGGACUGCCCGUCUAUCCCCAGGGUUACCCCAGCCUAGUACAGGGAGGCCCUGCCCAGGAGGCCGGGCCCGGCAGUGGUGACCCCGCCCUCCCCCCGGUCUACGCACAGCCUCCUUCAUACCUUCCACCAGGACAAGCUCCACCCACACCUGCAGGCAGACUUCCUUCUCUAGACUUUACUACUGCCCAGCCCAACCCAGAGUACCCAGAGCACCACCAGAUCAGAGUUUAUCAGGGCCCCCAACACCAAGGGGCUGAUACUCUGGCAUCCAAUAGCACGGAUGAUGCCCUCGUUCCAGUGACCUCUGACUCCCAGUCUCUGAGUGUAUCCGUGUCAUCAGGAGGUGGACCAGGAAGUGGUAGUGAGGAGGAGGGGUCAGGCAAGGCCCAGCCAAAGCGUCUCCAUGUUUCCAACAUCCCGUUCCGCUUCAGAGACCCGGACCUCAGACAGAUGUUUGGGCAAUUUGGCAAGAUCCUAGAUGUGGAGAUCAUCUUCAAUGAGAGAGGGUCAAAGGGCUUUGGGUUUGUGACCUUUGAGAGUGCGAUGGAGGCAGACAGAGCAAGGGAAAAACUGAACGGCACAAUCGUUGAGGGGAGAAAGAUUGAGGUGAACAACGCUACUGCCAGAGUAGUCACCAAGAAGCCCCAGACAGCUCUUGUGAAUGGUGAGGUUUCAACCUCUGGAUGGAAGAUCAACCCUGUCAUGGGAGCAAUGUAUGCCCCUGAACUCUACACCGGUGAGUUUCAAUGUGAGUUUUCAGUUGCCAGUUUCCCCUACCCCGUAGCCACACCCACCCUGGCCUAUCGGGGCUCACCGCUGCGUGGGCGGGGCCGGGCUGUCUACAAUACAAUUCGCUCAGCUGCCGCAGCCGCACCCACUGCAAUGCCUGCCUACCCUGGAUUGUCUCCUUUUAGCGUGGUGUACCAAGAUGGAUUAUAUGGAGCUGAAGUCUAUGGUGGCUAUCCUGCAGCAUACAGAGUUGCACCAUCAGCGUCAGCUGCCACAGCAACAUACAGUGACGGAUACGGCCGAGUUUACGCUGCUGCGACAGAUCCCUACCACCAUUCAGUGGGACCCACGACAACGUACGGAGUCGGAACAAUGGCCAGUUUGUACAGAGGAGGGUACAACCGCUUCACCCCUUACUGAGCUGCCCAGUGUGAGCCUGGAUGUGAUUCUGUGAGUGUCCAGUCCAAGGACAACUAUGCAGGACAGGGUCAGGACGUUACCGAACUCUGGAGAUUGUAUCAGCUCCUGACCUUUUCCUACCCUGGGAGUCUUUCAUACCCAACAGACUGAACCUGUAAAUACUGUCGGAGCCAUUUACUAUUUAUUCUUAUUAGAACAGAGUUUGAUCUAAUUACAGAAAAAUAUUUAAAGACUUUUAUUUUACACUUUAUUUGUGUUUUGUGACACAUUUGUUCCAGGGUUGAAGAAUUAAGAUGUCUUCCAUUCUACCUGUACCCUAUAAAGAUAAGACACUCUUUCACUAUUGUAAGAGACAGUUGAAUAUGGUAUGUAAAAUGUUUUGUUUCAAAAUGCCGAUAACCAUAAUGCAGUCAUGGUCUCUAGAUGCUGACCUAGAGUCAAAUUGUAGAAUAUAAUUACAUUUUAUACAGUGAAAUGAAUUAUUUUUGAUGACACUGGUUUUGCCAAUGGUGUAGCGCACUGUUUGAUGAAGUUGAAGUGUGUGUGCUUGUGUGUGAGGACCUGUAUGUGUGUGAGUUUGUGGGAGUAUAUGACAUCCAUACCCAAUUCACAAAGCACAAGCUUUGAGAGACAGCAAUGGCACUGGUACUUUUAAGGUGCAAAGUCCUAUUUUCUUUAAUUGCUUCUAGAGACAUGCAAACAUACUUUGCAUAACAAUGUCUGUUUUUGAUUUUCCUAACAAUCUACCUCUGAUUCUGAAAAUGUUCCCUUGUCAAAAGAACAUUUAUGAGCCAUUUGUUGUCAACAAAUGAACUGUAACAAAAUAUUUGUCUUUUUAGUGGUUGAGCUUCUUUUUUCUCUGUUAUAUACUCAAUGUUAAAUAUGACCUUUUAACCAAACGUCCCUAAACCAAUCUAUGACUUUUCUUCGGCAACCUCAUGCUGGCUUUAAAUCACCUAACAAUCCUCUGUAACUACUAUUGGGCUUUCACUGAUUUCCUCUAUCCUGCCAAACACAAUUAUGUUGUGCCCAGUUUCCUCUUCCUGUUCUAUUGCUUGCAUUUCUCAAUUUUGUUUGAAUGUCUGGGUUCUGUCCAUAGAAUUGGAACAACGGUAGAACCACUCUCUACCCUAAAUUCAAUAUUGUAGCUUUGCUGUUUCCUUCUAACUUUCCUCUUCUCAUUUUCUAUAACUCUCUUCUGUCCUGCUCAAACUGAGAUUUUCACUGUUUCUUCUAUGCUUUGAAACCUUUUAUGUUUAUGCAACCAUUUCUAGUUUAGAACCUCUGUUCUGUACGGAUGGAAUCAGGACAACUUCAUAUUUUAGUUCAUCUCAGAUGUUGUGUGGUUUUAGUGGGCCUGCAGUGAAGCAACAUCUGCUUUGCUUUACUGUGUUGUCUUUGUGCUGAAUUUCUCUCUGUGCUGGAGUUAAUUUUUCCUUUUCUUUCUUGCUUUGUUUUCCUCUUCAAAGCGGAAACAUACUUAUUUUUCUGUGUUUCUUCUUGGUUUUCUCACUUUUCAAAGUGUCUAUGAAAUAAUAAUUAGGGUUAAAAAAAACAUAUACUUCAUUUAAAACAGUGUGAUACCUAUAUCAGAGAAUUUUAACACCACAUUUAAUUAAUCCUAUCCUAAAGUUAAAAAAGAUCAUGCACUUUGCAUUUAUGGCCAUCUAUUUAAAGUAGCUUCUUUGCAUUUGUAGCUUAUUUGUAGUCAAUCUGUAAUUUCUCUCUCUCUAUUUCUCUUUAAUCAACUUUUUUAUAUUUUAUGCAUGACCAUCAUAUCUUCAUUCUAUCUUGUCUUCACCUUUUCUGUCACUUUGCCUGACACUAUCGUCUUAAUUUUUUUCUCUGAUUUGGCUCUUUCAUUGUCUUCACUUCUCGAUUAUCUCUCCUAUCUUGUAUUUCUAUAUAUGUACAGUUCCUAUUUUUCUUUUACUAUUUUAACUUUUCGUCUUCUGCUGUCCACUUCUUUUGAUCUUUAUUUUCGUUGUAUCCUGUAUAAACAUCAUAUACAUAAAAUCUAUUAGUACUGAAUUACAGAGGUACAUUUACUUUUGUUGUGUUUGAUAUUUUAUUUCAAAACUCACAAAAAAAAAUUGUAAGGUGUAAUCAGGUUUAUGUCUGGAAAUAUUUGUAAGAAAAAAGAUUUAGCUUGCUUAUGUAUUUAACCCAACACAUAAAUAUUUGGUCGAGCCACAUAGGCUGCUAGUUUUUUGGGGCAAAUAUUUUGCCAGCGUGGAGUGUUUCUGGCUCAGCAACAAAUUUGUUCCAGGUUAUUCAGGUUGUUCAGAUGACACUUGUGGACAACGAUUUUCAAAUAGUGCCACAGAUUCUUAAUGACAUUGAGAUCAGGGCUUUGACUGGAGAAAGUUGUCUACAAAUGUUUCCCCGUAUUAAGCUACCAUUAUACCUUCAAUUUUAAUGAAAUGCCCAGGCCCUGCUGAUGAAAGGCACCACCGUAAUCUACUGUAGUGAGACUGUGUCUUGAGGGUGGUUAGUGUUGGGUUUGCGGCACACAUAGUGUGUAAUGUACAUACACUGUUUGACAAAAAAUCUAAGUAAUCAGAGUCAUGUGGUCACUAAACAUUUCUUUUUCUAAAUCUUUCCCACGGUGCAGCUGGGUCACACUCAUGCUUUCUGGCAAAUUUUCCAGAUGUACUGUCAACUAGUACUUUUUGAGUGACAGAAUAUUUUUUGCCACCCUCCAAUACAGGCCAGUGUUAUACGGGACUCUGGUUAACUGUUGCACCGUAACUGGACUCCAAACCACUGAACUCAGUUUCUCAGACAAAGGGAUUGUUAGUCUUUCACACCACAAGGGUUGAAUAUUUAAGGACCUUGCAAUAAUUAGUGUUUUGAAGUAAAACGUCAAACAGAAUUUCAAUUGAUUUUAUUUCUCCAUUUCCUCCUCUUUAAGCUUUCUUUUAUUUAAACUUUAAUUUUAUCUGUAAUUGUGUGCUUUUUCUUUCUUCAUUCCACUGCUCUGAAUAGUUUCCUGUUUUCAUCUGUCCUCUAAAAAACAUCAGUUAUGUUCUAGUUCUUAUAUCUCUAUCCUCUCCUUUUUCUUUUCAUGUUUUAUGCCCAUUGCCUUCCUGUCACAACUUCCUCUAUCUGUAGUCUCUUCUUUGUAAUUCUUUUUCAAGUCUGUCACAUUAUUUAGGAUGCUUUUCAUAUUGCCAAGUAAAAAAAAUAGAACUUUUCUCCAUCUGUAAUAUAAAAUGUUUUCGUUAGUAAUCUUGUAGAAGUGCUUUCCCACCCAUGUGUAGUUCUGUUAUACAUGCUGACUAGGAUUUAUAUUCUUAUUCCGUCAUCUAUAGCUUAUUGCCUUUCUCACCUGAUAACUUUUCAACUAAUCCAUCGCCUUACACGUGUUCCUGGUUCUUUGCAUGCCUUUUCCAAUUGCUCUCCAGUCAGCUUGAGGUGUUCUUUACUCCUGCAGCCCAUAAAAUGUCCCUUAAAAUUCUUACUUUCUUGUGUUACGUUCAAUACCCUGCUUCUUGUCAAGUGCCAAACUGCAUCAGGUUAACACAGUGAAAGGCAGGACGUUGAUGGAUGAGAUGCUUACAAAAUUACUGUUUAUCGCUGAAGUACUUGUCAUUGCUGUCUCUCUGUUGUUUGUUUCAGUUCUGGUCAUUGAGUCCUUUAAAUAAAUGCCCAUUUGUCAA